CGUUGUGUCUACUUCCGACUCUUUUCUCGCUUUUCAAUGAGUUUGACAAGCGAGGAGGUCAACUUUCUCAUCUUUCGCUAUCUGCAAGAGUCAGGAUUCCUGCACUCUGCGUUUACGUUUGGCCAUGAGAGCCUCAUCACGCGGUCUGCGGCCAGCAGCCUAAGCCGCGAGGUUGCGCCAGGCGCCCUCAUCACCUUCCUGCAGAAGGGACUGCUCUAUGUCGAGGCCGAGACGCAUCUGCAAGAGGACGGCGCCGAUGUGCAGUGCACUGAGCCGUUUUCAUUGCUGACGCCGCAUGUCUGCAAGUCAAAGAGCAAGGCCAAGAAGAAGGCAGAGAAGGAAAAGGCUCGCAAGACCAAGAAGAAGGACGAUGCUACAGAAAUGGACGUCGCGCCAGACACCAAAGUCGAGGCCAAGCAGCAGCCUCUCAAGCUGGCCAUGUUCAAGCCAGAUGAAAUAACAACGCUAGAGAACACAAGCGAGGUCACUUGCUGUGCCUUUAAUGCACCCCAAACGCAUUUAGCGGCAGCUGGUGGUGCUAUUGCUCGAUUGUGGGAGCUUGGAGCAUUGACAAAGUCCGUUUCAUCAACCGUCCCGACCAACCAAUCCAUACUGCUCGAUCACGGGCCGAAUUGCAAAGAAGUCACGCACCUGAGCUGGAAUAGGGCAGGCACCACGUUAACCACAGGAGGUUACGAUGGUGUGGUGCGUCUGUGGUCCACUGCAGGUCGACUGGUCAAGGAGCUCACCGAGCACGUCACGCCCAUCUUCGCCGUCAAGUGGAACAAGGACGACUCUAUGCUGGUGAGCGUGUCCAUUGACAAAUCGGCGGUCGUUUGGAAUGCCGUCACUGGCCAGGCAAUUCAACGUUGUCUGCACCACACGGCACCGCUGCUCGACGUUGAUUGGCGGACGGAACGUUCGUUUGCCACCUGUUCUGUCGACACGACCAUUCAAGUCUGGGAGGUGGGCUCAGCAAAGCCCGUGCACUCGUUCGUCGGUCACUCUAACGAAGUCAAUUCAGUCCUGUGGGAUCCUGCUGCCAACUUGCUUGCGUCGGGCUCGGACGAUUGCACUGCCAAAAUCUGGUCGAUGGCCUCUUCGUCGCCCUUGUUUGAUCUGCAGGGCCACAGCGCUGGCAUUUACUGCAUUCGAUGGAGUCCAACAGGAGUUGGAUCGCGCAACCCUCACCUUCCACUCCUGCUUGCAACCGCGUCAAACGACUCGACCAUUCGGCUCUGGGAGGUUGCCAACGGGCAGUGCAUCAACAUUCUUACGGGCAUGUGGAAGGAAGUCUACACGCUGUCUUUCAGUCCCGAUGCCAUGUUCCUGGCAUCUGGAGCGUUUAACGGGCUGAUGUGUGUUUGGAGCAUGAAGGAUGGCUCGGCAGUCAAGGCGUAUCGUCACCGCGACGAGAAUGAUGUCGUUUUCAACGUGAGCUGGUCGCCCAAUGGUGAUAAAAUUGCCGCCGGUUUCCGCAGCCUCGCUGCUGUCGUAUUUGAUGUCAAGCCCGGAAGUUUGGAUGCAUUACCAACUGCUCCAUAAGUCAGCAAGGAUCGCUCCGCUUGUCUUUGCAUUGUGUUAACGCUGUGUGGGUUUUGUGUUUUCUCUGUGUGGUGUUUGUGUUUUCUUCGUACUUUGGCUAUUUUUUUUUUGUUUCAAUGUUAAUCGCACUAUUUUUUCU